AUGGACGCGUCGACCGAAGUCGAGAUAUACAAUAUGGCACGUUACAGUCGUGUGAUGGCCACCAUCGACACCGACCAGUGCGAGCCCUACCACGACAAUAUUUUGUACUGUCCCGAUCAGAAUGGACACGACUUCUAUGUUCGCAAUGUCUACCCGCCAAUACAGGAGCUUCAGCCGAAAGUGCUAAUCGUCAUCGUCGUUUUUGUGCUAUGCUUCAUCGUUGGAGUAUGCGGAAACUCGUCGAUUUUGACGAUUAUUCGAGGUGUCAUGGAAGACCGAAAACAACGACUCAAACGGAACGGGGAUAACGCGAUAUUGUACAUCGCCGCGUUGUGCGUUUGCGACUUCUUGAUGUCGCUCAGUCUUCCUCCAGCGAUUCUUGACAGUGUAAUUGGAUUCUGGAUUUUCGGAACGCCAAUGUGCAAACUGCAUCAUAUUUGUGGAAGUGUCGGAAGGAUUCUGAGCACCUUCUUGAUAACCGCCAUGUCUUUUGACCGAUACGUCGCCGUUUGCUAUCCACAUCAACAUCGAUUGAGAAGUCGAACUUUUGUGGUUUCAACGAUUUUCUGUCUUUCCGCGAUGGCGUUUGUUCUUCUCGUCCCGAUGCUCUCGUACGCUCGAGCCAAAGAAAUGGUGCUUCAUGAGCUCAAAUCACCAGAAAGCAUGAACGUCACCCGAGUUCGUGUAUUCAAAUGCUCGGACAUGAUGCCAUCAGCGAUUUUUUAUUGGUUUACUUCGACCACCUUCGUUCUUGGCUACGUCGUCCCAUUGAUUCUUAUCGUUUACUUCAAUCUCAAACUCAUCAAUAAGCUCUAUGCUCAUAAAAGGGUCUUGCCACGAUCGGCUAUUCCUGUCCGACGUGUAGUCGUCUACACAGUCCUCAUUGCCGCUGUCUACUUCGUCUGCUGGACUCCUUACUGGUUCUCCGUCCUCUACGCGAUCAUAAUGUCCUUAUUAGGAUUGCCGGCAACAAACUCCGAAUGGGUUUUAUUCGCCAUUUAUUGUGUCCACUUGCUGCCUUACUUUGGAUCCUCUUCGAAUUGGAUAUUGUAUGGAUUAUUGAAUACUCAGCUGCAGAUGAAAAGCGACAUUGGAGAUGAUCAUAGUAUAAUGACAACGAACGGCGAUUACCCAAAAAGAUCAACGAGUCGAAGUAUUUGUGAUACCGGAACCCCUCGAAGUGCUAUCACAACGGAUCGCCAAACGAGAUGGCAAAAAUCGCCGCUAGUGCGGGAUCAAAGCGAGACGAGCAUGAUUCUCUAUCAGGACACCGAAGAGACUCAUCUUUAA